AUGGGCAGCGGCAGCAGCCGGAGCGGCCGCGCCCUGAGGCGGCUGCGCGGCCCCGACAGCCGGCCGGCGGGGCCCGGCGGGGCAGCCCCGGAGGGCGGGACGGGGCCGGGCUCGGCGGCGGCCCCGGAGGCGGCCCGGGAGGCGGUGGCGGCGGAGGGAGCGGCCGGCCGCGACCCCGGCCCCGCGGCGCCCCCCGACGGCGGGGACGAGACCCUGCGCCUGCUGGACCAGCUGCUGGCCGAGUCGGCGGCCUGGGGCCCCGGGGAGCUGGCCCCGCGCGGCCCGACGCGGCCCCGACCCGCCGCCGGCGCCGGGAGCCGGCCUGUGUUUAGAAAGACAAGCCGGGGCAGGAGGGCAGGGGAUGAGAAGAGACAGUGCGGGAAGCAGGGCAUCCAGGUGGAAGAUUCUGCGGAAAUCCAGGUGUCCCCAAAACAGAGCGCUGAAGACCACCCAGAGAGCAGCCACGGCUCCGAGCCCUCACGCUCAAGCACCACAGGCACUGGCCGCCUCCCAGGAGCCCCAGGCAGCUGCCACAAGAGGCCCGAGAGGCAGUCGGCCAUCACAUACGACUACUCCGAGGAGGAGCUGAUGGCCAGCAUCGAGCAGGAGUACUGCUGCUGAGGGCGGCACUGCAGCAGCCUCGUGGUCACCCAGCGGUCAAUGCAUCGUUCCUCCUAGACCUGGCCCCAGCUGACCGGGCCUCUUAGGAAUGUGGGCUAGGGGCGCAUAUCUCCCUGCCCUGCCAAGGGCUCUAGUUAGAGCUGAGCCACUUCCAGCAUGCGGUUACUCUCAGAUCUUUCACAACUGGACUCUUCAAAUUCAUACUCAGACAGUCCUGAAUGUGGCCGGCUGCCGGCCAUCAUGCUUGCUGGCAAGAGGUGAUCCGCUGUGCAGGCCCAGGCCAGAAAGAAGUCACAUGUCCUGCCCCGCAGCUGCGUGGGCAGUUAACCUGCCAGAUACCUGCCCCUCCCUGAGUCUCUGGGGAGAACUGUCUACAGGGUUCUCCUGGAUCUUGAAAUGCUUCCCCUUUCUGACGGCCACUCCACUUGCCACCUGCUCCAAAGAAGUCUCGUUAGCUGAGUAAGGCUCAGACCCGAGGCUUCGGGGCCUCUAACACAGGUCGCCUCUAGAGGGGGCACCAGGAGGUGUGCCUUGCUGAGCUGGAGGGAGUCAUCCUCGGUUCUGCAAAUGAGUCACCUGGAGAUGUUGUUGAAGUGAGGAUUCUGAUUCUGUGGGUCUGGAGUGGGGCCUGAGAGUCUGCUUUUCUAACCAGCUCCCGGGUGAGACCCAGGCUGCUGGAGCCCAGCCACACCCAGAGCAGCAGGGACUUAGGCCUGGCUGACUCCUCCCCCAGACCCGGUGCUGGAGGCCAUCAGAGCCACAGCCCACCCACCUCCCCAGAGGGAGGCCUGUGCCCCUGCAGUGGGUGUGGCGGGACCGGACCCGGGGACCCCAGUUCUGAUCCUGGCUCUAACCUGCAGUCACUCCCCACCUCCCAGCUUUGACGGUCAGGGAUUACACAAUCCCAGGCUUCCCUGGUCUCUCAUUGUCCCCUGGGGGCACGGGACUGCCUUCCCUGCUGAGGGUGCGUGUCGGCCCUACCUGGAAAGGGUCUUCAGGGCCACCUGCUCUUCCCACUGGGUAGAAGGUAGAAAAUCACAGCAGUGAGGCCAGGAGAGCCUUAGAACGUUCCCAGCUGACAAAUGAGAACGCCGACAAGCCAAGGAGCCCUGGGAAGCAGGCAGGGCCUGGAGGAGAACCACAGCCUGACUGGAAGGUGGGCUUCUGCCAAGGCCCAGCAUGGCUGCUGUCGGAAAGCUCAGGGUGGUGGGUGGGCAGAGCGAUCGGGAGGCCAGGAGACUGGGAGGCAGGCCCUCCAGAGCAGCCGGCCAGGUGUCAGUACAGAGGGCACGUGGAGGGGACAGCCGCCUCCCCCAGCCAGAACAGGUCUCAUCUUGUCCAGUGUUUACCACCCACACAGCAGCCUCCGCAGCAUCGCCUGCAAGAUGCAAGAGCAUCUCAGAACCCAAGGAAUGGCCACUUGGCACCAUCCCCAGGCCCACAGGUCUGUUGCUGAGACAGGCAAACAGGCUUUUCCACAAACCUUUAUGACUUGGCAAGAGUGCCUUUGAUCAGAUGUUCUGGGGCGGGGAGAUUUUUAACUCUGAAGUCAGAGGAUGGAGUGAUGGAGCCUUCCAGCAAACGCCCCUGAGGGUUGGCUCAGAACCUCCCCAAAGCCAGAGCUAUUUCUCACCCAACCCCAAACCACUUAUUUUGAUAUGAAGAUUAAAGCCAUUACUAUUAUAUUUUAAUAAUACAACUACUCUUUUAAAAGAAGUUAAAAAAUUACUUCUCACCACUAGACGGAUCAGGCCUUGAAUUUAAUGACAUAAAGUGUUUACAGUUUUACAUCUUUAAUUUGGUAAAAUGGAACACGUUCAGCCAGAAAGAUGAUACCCUUAUACUUUCCAGUAGAAACCUCCUUAAACCCUUAAUGAGAUAAAAACGUUAAGGAAAAAAAUUCUUCGUGUAGUUACAUUUCAUGUCAAUAUUGAGGUGAAUGCACUUCAUCAAAGCUAAGAAGUCACAGUG